UUUCCGGCUUUUCCAAUGGCAGACGAACCCGAAUACGAUGAACUUGAUGUACAGCUCGCUUUAUCAAACUCUUUGACCCUGAGAGACAGUGAAAACGAGACCAAGAAAGAUUCAAGCUUCGAACUCUUAAACAGGAACAAGGAAUCGCAGAAGAAUGAACGAACACCUCUAGUACGCACCGUGGACCCAGACGAACAGCUUUCUCCGUCGGCGUGGAAUACCAAUUUUAAACGAUUUCGCUCGUUUACCAUGUCUCAUUUCACAGUAUCGUUGGUGGAAAAGGAAUGUCGCGACAGGGAAGCUUCUGCUGUUCUUGCCGGCUGGAAUGUGACUAAUCUGAUUCAAGGAAUGGGAAUCCUUGGGGUUCCCUAUGCCGUUCGAGAGGGAGGAGUAGCGGCAGUUGUCUGUAUCUUCAUUGUAGCUGUGUUCUGCGAUGUAACCGGAAUUCUUCUGGUCGAUUGCUUGUACGAAAUCUCUCCCCGCAGCAAGCUGAGGAAGAGAGUUCGUAGCUCCUACCCUGAUGUAGGUGAAGCAGUGUGGCCAGGUGUGGGAGGGAGGGUAGUCAGUGUUGUCCAGACAGUAGAAUUGUAUGCGGCUGCCAUCCUUUACCUGGUGCUCUUAACGACCAUGUUUUACCAGAUUACAAACAAGUUUAUUCCUCUCACUCUUAAUGAAUGGGCUGUCAUCUGCUCUAUUGCCGUCCUGCCAAGUGUAUUCAUCACAAGAUUGUCGCUAAUUGCGUGGAUGAGCAUGCUAGCUGUGUUCUCCCUGAUGUCUGCCCUGGUUGUCAUGGUAGCCUAUUGUGUUCAUCGAUAUGAUCAGUGGACUGUAGACAACAUACCAUCCUUUGAUAUAAAUACGUUUCCUGUUGGGUUUGGUAUUGUGACAUUCAGUUACUGUGCCCAUGCAGUUUUUCCUGGUAUAGAGGGAAGCAUGAAGGAACCAAAGAAAUUCAACAAAAUGAUGCAUGUUUCCUUCUUCAUCUCAGCUGUUGUAAAAGCUUGGUUUGGUGUAUUUGCUGUCCUAACAUUUGGCCUGCCUACAGAACAAGUGUUUACCAUAAACUUAGCAGGCAAUGUAGGCUUCAACACUGCAGCCACAGCAUUUGUGGCAACAAAUGUGUUCUUUUCCUUCCCUCUACCACUGUUUGUAAUGGUUGAAACAUUUGAGAAUACUGUUGGGCCUUACUUUCGUCAUUUAAAGAAAGGUACAAAGUAUCACUGGUUCUGGUUAUUGUUAACAAGGACCUUGCUUGUAACAUUUGCCCUAUUCGUUGCUUUGGUUGUGCCCCAUUUUGGCCUGCUGAUGGGUUUUGUAGGCAGUUUCACUGGCACCUGCCUCUCUUUUGGAUUUCCAUGUAUAGCUCAUCUCAAGUUACAAUGGAAUUACCUGCGCUGGUACCACAUUACAGUGGAAAUUCUUCUUAUAUUGUUUGGAGUUUUAGCAGGCGGUUUAGGUUUUGUUUAUUCUGGCAAAGCACUUGUGGACUCAUUUAGGACAUUUCAGUGAAAAUAGUAAAUAAUUUUAUUUAACUGCCUAAAAAAAAGUACAGGUGCACUCUUAAGGGGUCCAAGAUUGAUUUCUAAUCCAAUUGUUUUGCUGAUGAUAAUAUCACCGUUCAAAGUCUAUUUUUUGAAAAAUUAUGAUCAUACUUUGAAAAUAUUGUUAGAUAGCCUCAACAAUCAUUACAAGUUAUUUGAUAAAAUAAUGUCAGGAAAUAAUAUCAUCAGGAAAUGUACUUUAUGAUAAGCAAAUAUAUUUGACUGCUACUGUUUCGCUCUACCAGUUGGCUUGUUAGCUCAAUUGGUAGAGCGCUGCACUAGUAUCGCAGAGGUCAGUGGUUCCA